AUGAGCCUCUUGGGUAAAAGGGGCCUGGGGAACCUUUUGCAGGGAUGUGUGAAGGAAUUUGCUCGGUAUCUGUUGGACAAAAUUGCUCGGAUUCGCUUGGAGUUGGAUGCUGGCCUUACUGCAGCUGGAGGGUGCAUGGAUUGCCUCAAGUGGUGUUUGUUGUAUUUUGAGAUUGGCAGUGAGGAGGAGGAUCACGGGGAGCUCCUGUUGUCUGUAGCUUUGGGACAAGUCUUAUCCCUGCUAAUCUGUGGUAUUAGCCUAACCAGCAAGUAUUUGUCAGACGAUUUUCAUGCCAACACCCCUGUCUUUCAGAGCUUUCUGAACUACAUUCUCCUAUUUUUGGUCUACACCACAACAUUAGCUGUUAGACAAGGUGAAGAAAAUUUAUUGGCAAUCUUGAAACGAAGAUGGUGGAAGUACAUGAUCCUUGGAAUAAUAGAUAUAGAAGCGAAUUACCUGGUAGUUAAAGCUUAUCAGUAUACCACUUUUACUAGUGUACAGCUCCUAGAUUGUUUUGUGAUUCCAGUUGUGAUCUUACUUUCUUGGUUCUUCCUCCUGGUACGAUACAAAGCAGUGCACUUCAUUGGUAUUGUGGUCUGCAUUCUGGGCAUGGGCUGCAUGGCAGGAGCAGAUGUUCUUGUUGGAAGACAGCAAGGAGCGGGAGAAAAUAAACUUAUAGGUGAUCUUCUAGUACUAGGUGGGGCCACUCUCUAUGGCAUCUCCAACGUCUGUGAGGAGUACAUCGUACGGAAUCUGAGCAGGGUGGAGUUCCUAGGGAUGAUUGGGCUCUUUGGUUCCUUCUUCAGUGGAAUUCAGCUUGCCAUAAUGGAACACAAAGAAUUGUUAAAAGUUCCCUGGGACUGGCAAAUAGGAUUACUGUAUGUUGGCUUUAGCGCCUGCAUGUUUGGCCUCUAUAGCUUCAUGCCUGUGGUCAUUAAGAAAACAAGUGCUACAGCAGUCAACCUCUCCCUUCUUACAGCAGAUUUGUACAGCCUUUUCUGUGGGUUCUUUCUCUUCUACUACAAGUUUUCAGGACUUUAUCUACUGUCAUUCUUCACAAUCCUUGUUGGCCUGUUGCUGUACUUCUCUACAUCCACAUACAUUGCCCAAGAUCCACGGGUGUACAAGCAGUUCCGAAAUCCUUCAGGACCUGUUGUAGACUUGCCAGCCACUGGGCAGCUAGAACCUUCAGUAACAUACACCAGCCUUGGCCAGGAAACGGAAGAAGAAUCUCAUGUCCGUGUCGCCUAAACUCAGGCCCUUGCCACCCUUGGUGGAGUUUGUAUCACCAUUAUCUCUGUAUCAUUCAUAGAGAAAGGUAUUUUCCAGAUGCAGU